UGGAACUUGGAGGCUAGGUCAAUAUGGACUUUUACGAGCUGCUUUCGUCCGGUGAAUUCAGUGACUUGACUGUGAAAAUCGGCGAUAAACAGCUUCAUCUUCACCGAUUUCCACUCGUUGCUCGAUCGCACUACUUUCGAGGUCUCCAACGAUCAGGAAUGAGAGACGCCUCGGUGGUGACUCUCGAUUUGUUACCAGGUGGGUACGAUGCGAUGAAAAUAAUUGCCGAUUUCUGCUAUGGAGUCUCCAUUGAGGACAAACUGACUAUUGAUAAUAUUGGUCACGUGAUGGUCGCUGCUGGCUACCUGCAAAUGACUGGAUCUGGUAACCUUAUGGAACUAUGUAAAUCUAAGCUUAGGGAAUUGACAACUGAUGCUACUAAGUGUUUGCAAGUAUUGGUGAAUUGUGCUGACAAUAGGAAAUUAGCUGCAGCAGCAGGAGUCACUAAGUUUUGUGCAGACGCUGCCGUUGAUGAUUGGUAUAAGAAAAGAGGAGCGUUGAGUAUGCAAAUAGAAACAAAAGCAUCAGAGUGGCUACUACAAUUGAAGAAACUUUCACUUAGUUUGGUUGUUUAUAUCAUUGACUCUUUGCAGACAAAGCAGUGCAGUCGUUCCUUGAUAACCUACUUUGCUGUUGGAUGCAUAGAUUUCAUAAUGGAGUACUUUCAGGCUCUGAGAAACUCAGAACUUCAAUUAUCAACUGAUAGGAAUGCUUACAUGGAGAUGGUAGCAAUUAUAUUGGAAAGUGAUGGUAUAGAAGGGUCACUACCAGAUCAAUCGUAUUGCGUAACCAACUCGUCUGAUCGUCUUGCACUUGCAGCUAGAUCAGUUGAUGAAGACAGUUUCUGUCUUAUGAAACCUGCUGCAACCAUUCAUUCUUCAAGAUGUUCUUCUUCAAUGGAUGAUCUUCUCCAGUACUACUUCGUAACAUUUCUGUCUUACAUUUCAGAGAGAUCUCUAACAUCAAAACCUGCUAACAUGACAUCCAAGUGGUUAUCAUCAGUCCUUCGAUUCUCAUCUGCUCGUAUUCCAGCAGCUGAAGACAAGCUGUUUGUUCUGUUUCAAGAGUGA